CUUUAACUGCUGGGAUGCCGGGCGAAUGUUUACCGGCCCGGGACUACACGGGGCCCCCCGCCGCCCCCGCAGCCUAGCCGGUGUCCUUCCUUGGCGCCCUGUAUGUUUGGUCCCCUCUCGCCCUGCGCACCCGGCGUUCCGGGCAGACUCAAGCGUCUGGUCCGGCCCGGCUGCCGCUGCCAGUCCUGGACUCUUGGGUCGAUCGGAGGUGCAGACAUCACGGUGUGAAGAUUGGGGUUCAACUUGAGCCUGGCAUGCCAGGACCUAGGCCAGUGGUGCUGAGUGGGCCUUCGGGGGCAGGGAAGAGCACCCUGCUCAAGAAGCUGCUCCAGGAACACGGCAGUAUCUUUGGCUUCAGCGUGUCCCAUACCACAAGGAACCCACGGCCUGGUGAAGAGAAUGGCAAAGAUUACUACUUUGUGACCAAGGAGGUGAUGCAGCGUGAUAUCGCAGCAGGGGACUUCAUCGAGCAUGCAGAGUUCUCAGGAAACCUGUAUGGGACAAGCAAGGCGGCUGUACAGGCUGUGCAAGCCAUGAACCGUAUCUGUGUGCUGGAUGUGGACCUGCAGGGUGUGCGCAACAUCAAGAAGACUGACCUGUGUCCCAUCUACAUCUCUGUGCAACCCCCUUCCCUGGAUGUGCUGGAGCAACGACUGCGGCUGCGAAACACUGAGACUGAGGAGAGUCUGGCAAAGCGACUGGCAGCUGCCCAGGCAGACAUGGAGAGCAGCAAGGAGCCUGGCCUGUUUGACUUGGUGAUCAUCAAUGACAACCUGGAUAAAGCCUAUGCAAUGCUGAAGCAGGCACUCUCUGAGGAAAUCAAGAAAGCUCAGGGGACUGGCCAUACCUGAGGACCUGCUUCUUUCCACAAGGUGCUGCCUGGGCUCCAGGGGGAGCUUUGCCAGGGCACCAAGGACCUGUAAUAGGCUUCCAUUAUGGAGUCAGUGGACUUGCCCCUUGCCUGGCCACAUGAUGGCUCUGUACCCUUGGCUGCCUUGAUAGGCUGAAGGACUGCACAGUGCACCCCCUGUCCACCCUCCUGUCUCUGCCUCUAUUCCUGUCCCUUCUGCUAGAGCAGGACUGACAUUCUAAUAAAGUAUUGGGCUAGAGUCUCACAGCCCUCUA